CGGAGCUGCAAACAGCGUGAAUCAAUAGAAGCCAACGCCGAGAAGUCGUAUUCUGAAGGGAGAAGGUGGCAACCAACCACCACCGUGCCAACUUUAACGGAGCGAAAUCGCGUUCAAUUAUACAGAGGAUGCCGACCGCUGAGAGACACGAUCGCACCACCGUCCACGUAGUCCAGGAGAAAUUAUCCCAGUUCGACACGUAGCACCAUCCUGGUCGAAGUCCUUGGGAGUCGGUAGAAUCGUGAAUAUUACGCUACCGUGAGUCCAGAGUGAACGAUUCCUCCGAGAUGAUACCGAGAACGGCGGGCCGGUGGCUGCUCUGCGCGGCGCUUACGGUCGCCCUGUGUCAAGGCCAGGAGGACUGGAUGCAGUGCUCGUCGGCGUGCAAGUGCAAAUGGGUGUCCGGCAAGAAGACCGCCGAGUGCAUUAAGCAGAACCUCACGGAGGUGCCGGGGGACCUCUCGCCCGAGAUCCAGAAUCUCGAUUUGACCGGCAAUCGCAUAACUCGCCUCAUACAUAACGCGUUCAGCCGCGUCAAUCUGGUGAAUCUGCAUAAGCUGGCGUUGCGCGAAUGCGGCAUCGAGUCGAUUCACGUGGACGCGUUCAACAGCCUCAAGAUCAUCAUCGAGAUCGAUCUGUCGGGCAACAAUAUCCGCACCCUGCAUCCGGGCACUUUCUACGAGACUCAACGGCUGCGAGUGCUGCUGCUCGAUCAAAACAAGCUGAGGACGCUGGAGAACAGCCUGUUCUUCAAUCUCACUUUCCUGCAGAGAGUGAUGCUGUCCGAGAACAGACUGAAUCAGAUCGAGGAGAACACGUUUCGUAAUGUUCCCGGUUUGAAAACCCUCGCGUUGGACGGGAAUAACUUCAGCACUCUGCACCUACAGAGCUUCGAGAGCCUCAAGCUCACCAGUCUCGAGCUCCGGAAUAAUCCGUGGAACUGCAACUGCAAUCUCAAAAGGUUCCGCGACUGGGCGAUCGAGCGUACGUUGUACACCAAGCCAACCACUUGCCAGCAACCGCCCCACAUGGCCGGCAAGAUGUGGGACGAAGUUAGCAGUGACGAGUUCGCAUGCAGACCGAAAAUCACUGCCAUCGGCCCGGCAACGAAAAUCGAGAUGGGCAAAGGAGACGUGACGCUCUCGUGCAGGGGAUCGGGAAUCCCACCCCCUCAGUUAUCAUGGAAACAUCGUAAUCGCGUUUUAAACAAACUCAUCAAACGCCCGAACAACGAUAGAGGAUACAUAUUCUCAGUGAGCCAAGAAUGGUUGAAUCUCACCAUUAUCGACGCGAUGCCCUCCGACAAGGGUGAUUACGUCUGCCACGCAAAAAGCCCGGGCGGCGAAGCCGAGAGAAACGUGACACUGGCCAUCGUGGGCGACGCUUUGGGCAGCAGGGAGAGCUUCAUCAGCCUGCCGCUCGCCAUCGGGCUGGGCGUCACCGCGUUGUGUCUGCUGAUCGUCACGGUAGUGCUUUGCGUGUGCUAUUGCCGUCGUCGCCGCAUCAGGCAUGACGAGAAGGGCCUCGAGGCGGCGUCCCUGGAGCAUCACGGUCUCGGCGAACAGGAGAAGUCCCUGAUCACAACUAUCAAUCCGGUCGUGAAGCCGCCGAGGCGUUACGAGACGCCCUCAGUGACGUCGCACGGUACGGAGAUGACGGAGUUGAAUCGCACGUUGCUCGACAACGACUCGGUUUUCGCUGACGGUGUCGGGAGCGGUGUCGUCGGCGGGGUAGGCGGCGGCAUAGGCGACGACGAGAGGGAUCACGAACGGGCCACGCCGGAACUCGACGGGGGUGGCAGCGGAAGCGGCAGCGGCGGCGGCGGCGGUGGCGGCGGGGGUACGUUGCCGCGCGGUGGUGCCGGUUACCACUACCGACAAUAUCCGCCGGACCUGCUGGCCUUCUCCGGCGGUCGCGGCGCAUCGCCGACUAGCCAGGCGUCAACGGCGCCCGACAGCACGCGUCUGCCUAGUCAACACGUGAUAACACCGGCGACGGCGACGACGACGACGGCCCCGUCGUACGGCUCGCCGACGUCAGGCCAGUAUCACCCGGCCGCCUUCAAGACGCUGCCGCACAGCCGCAGCGUCACGCCGUACGGUCUCGGGCCGUCGUCGUCGUCGUCAUCGAUGGCGCCGGUGUUACCGCGUCACGGCUACGUGACGAUCCCGCGACGACCGCGAGCGCCUAGCUGGAGCAGCGGACCCCCGACGUCGCCGAACGAUGUCCUCGAGCCGGUGUACGACAAUCUGGGUCUACGUACCACGGCGGACGGCAGCUCGAUGCUGUCGCUCAACAAAAGCCCGGAACCGGCACCCUCGUCCAUGAGAGGCCGGCCACUACCGAGCACGCCGGGGGGUUCGCACUACGGCACGAUCCAACGUAGCACCCCGAACAUUUUGGCCGGGGCGUUGGAUCGGGCGGCGCCGGAAGGCGCGGCCGAGUGGCCGCUCAAGUUGGCGGACGAGAGCGUGAACGGCGGUCAUCCGCUACUGACGCAACCGCAGCAGCAGCAUCAGCAACAGCAGCAACAACAGGCCGCCAACAGCAACACCCUCGGCAGAAAGGUACCGCCGAGACCGCCGCCGAAACCCAAGAAGAAAUCCGCCAACGGACCGACGCUGUACGAGGACGAGGGCGAAGACGGCACGGAAGUAUGAUACCAUGGGCAUCGUCCGCAAUGAGGACGAUUGGUUGUAGUGCGCCAGGAUGGGGCGUGCGUGACCACACUUACAAUAAACCGGUAGUGCCUUUCGAGACGCGCGUCUCGCACGCGCGGGACUUCCACUUCGUUCGACGAAUCGCGGUCUGGAGGAUGAACGAAAUGUACGAGGGGACUCUGGAAGGACCUGAACUUUUAGGACUUGAACGGAUGGAUACAGGUGAUUUCGACGGCCGAAAUCGCAGACGAUGACGAUUUAUAGAGAUGGACACGCCGACCGGACAUUCGUGUCACCUAUUCCCCGUUCCUCAACUUUCCUCCUUCCUGUAAGUUAUCUUGUAAGUUAUUUAUUGAACGUUACGGAGCAUCCGAGGUAUUCGAAAACCAGUAAAUCGUGAUCCGCAUGAGUUGUUUUCUGAACGAUCCGAUCGUCAAAAAACGGGUCCGCCUUCCUCAUCCCUCGUCUCCUUCCACGUAUCUUUUUUAUUUUUCCUUUUUUUUUUUCAUCAAGUUCCUUUAGCGUUUUAUUUGACGCUUGCCACGCGCCGUGAGGUGAUAACGUGAUAAAUGUGAAUAAGGUUCCGGACAUUGCCGCCGGUAUUAGUCGAUAAGGCGAAAACCUAUUCGCGUUUUGUGUGAAAUUUACGCGAAGCAUGAAGCAACUGGAAAGUACUGAACGCGAGUCGUUCCGCGAAGAGCGAUACCAGUGAAAUUCGUCUUCUAUUCGUGUUAACCGGGUUAACCCCCAUAAUGGGAAAUCGCGAUCGUUACGGCACGAUUCGCGUGUAUAAAAGGGAAGUGUUAAGGUUUCAGGCAAAGGCAACGUUUUGCACAUGUUACAUUUACGCGGUAAACAUGAUGAGAAUUUAACAUUGUUAAGAAUCUAUCUAGCUGUUAUACGCCUGUCGCGCGUUUCUUUUUUAAAACAUUGAAAUUCCGACGCCUGCAUCGAAUUGUAGCAGGACUUGUUGCAUUCGCAAGCGACACCGAACUCUCAUGCUAAGCUUACGUCGAACGACGUAAUGAUCUGUGUCCCUUCUCCUUCUGUAAGCGCAUCGUUAGACCGUGCUCGUACCCGCGUAGAGGUAUCCCAUAUUCCAUCAGCGACGUUUGUAUCCUAAAAUUAGCAACAGGUAUCGCUUGCGAUAUUUAUAGCGGCGAACCGAUCGGCAGUAUCUCUACAAAUAUCGUUAACGCAGUACGGAAUACCCUAUGCUACCCUAUAUAACGGUGCCACUUUGUAUUACGUUAAAUGGAUAAUAUCUAUUACGGCAAUUGUAUAAAUCUAUAGUAGAUGUAAGUGCUGCGAUGACACUCGACGCGUGUUGGAAGUUGUAAAAAACGUAUUGCGAAGUACAUUAAAAUGGUGUACAGUAAAAAAAAUCUAAGUGACAUAUCCGCGCGUUUAUUUCUGUCGAUGCUAAUUGCACGAGUAUCGCGACCUUUGAAAUUCGUGUAAUUCAUUAUCGCCAGGAUGACCAGGGAUGAAUAACAGCGCAUUUUGUAAACGAGGCCAAUUUGGCGUCGCUGGCCGAUUGGUCUCCGUUUAUCACCAUCGUGCUGACCAUGAAUAACACUAAAAAAAAAAGACCAGUUUAAUGUGUAUAUACAUAUACUAUAUGUACUCCUCUACGGACUCCAAAUUCACUUCGGGACUUCAAAUUAAUUGAACGUUACGCGUGGUGCGUUCCAAUUAGCAACAAUUACAGCUCGAUUGUUAACUACUCCGGCAUAUUCGCGCAUAAUAUCCGGAUCCGCGCGUAAAAAUUAUUGACCAGAGCGUAUAUAUACGCUUGUGCGAGUGGACGCCGAUUGCGAGUCGUCAAAAGGAUGGCGCGAUGUAACGCGGACGAAUUGUCGGGACGGACAUAAUUUAAAAAGAUGACGACAUUACGACGUGUCGUAAACGCGGAGUGAGGAACAGAAUUCAGCGCGUCCCCAUUUUAGAGAUACAUUCGAUCGCUGCGAUUCUACCAUCGACGACAAUAUAUCGUAUAAAGUAGAAUGUCCAUGCGAGCUAUAUAUCAUCGACGAGCGAGCGCGUUCGGACUUAUGGACCCGAAUACCUGAUGGCCGAUAAAUCGUACCUCUCCUUGAAACUGGAAAACAUGUGACUCGUCGGAGCGGCGACUUGUCGCGCGCACAGCCCAGGCGACGCAUUUUUCUUUCGCAUAGAAGUUAAUGUCUCUUCGAAACGGGAAACUCAUUCGAGCUCGUUUCUCUCUUUCCCCCCCCCCCCUCUUCUCUUCCAUCGCGACGCGAUUUCCGCAAUAUGAGUACAAGUGGUCCCUCUUUGCGGCGCGUCCAUUAUCCGCCGCGCUGGUUAACGCUGUCGAUUCGCCGGUUCCGUUCCCGCGCGAAACAUCUGGCCGCGAUACAUCGUGAUAAGAGGACUGGCUCUACGUGCGGUUACCACCACCCACACACACACAUGGAGAGCCGCUUUUCGCCCGUUGGCGAUAUUUCACUGAGGUAAGGGUAGGUAGGGAACGUUCUUUAACUGCGAAUUUAUCGCCGGCAACCCAUCCACUCUUUAUGCUUUUGUUACCUUUUUAUCCGGGAGAUUAACGUUUCCCUUUCUCUGGCUUUAGCAGGGAUUUCGGGGACGCGAUUAUAUACAACUUGUUGCGAUUGCGCGACGGCGGCGGCGGAUUUCUCGUAGCGAGAAAACGCAUUUUGAAUGAAUCCCGACGCGAACUUGACUCACCGUCGAACGACACUUGAAUUUAAGGGAUGCUCUCCAUCAAUCCGUACCCUUGUUUCUCGGCAGCGACUGGGAUCAGCCGCUGUUCAGGCAAAACACGGCCGGCUCCUACUCCAUAAAUGCAUCAUGCGGAAUCGUGUCGCGAUAUAUACGAAGCACCUGAGAAGAGAUGCACUUUAUCUCGACGGUAAACUCUGCAGCGAGACGCUUCUAUCCCCGUACGAUUGCACGAGGAAGUUUCGAUUUAUUAAAUACCUCGGUACCUCGAACGUGAAUUAAAGUAAAGAUUCCUUUAAUGCCGCUUAGAUUUAAAUGAAAAAGAAAGGUUUAGUCAUUUUGCGCAUUCCAAACCCUAUCUCCCUGCUAAAGGUUUCCAGGGAACUCGAACGCUUUUACAGAAAAGAAAACUCUUCCCGGAUCUCUCGACGGCGUCUCCAGGUCAUUUUGGGUUACCCCGACGAUCAAAGUCCCUCGUUUUGGGAUGUUACAUGAAUUUUAUUCGAAUCGUUGAUACAAAUGUUUAGCUAAUUUCGCGGAAUAGAUUGUUUUCAAUUCUUUUCUUGUGUUCUUCUUUUUUUUAGGGCUUUCAAACCCUAAUGGUUCUUCGACUUCGAUUCACGGACGCAUAAAGUGCGACGGUCGCCGAGAACCCAAAAAAAACCGGGCCUCUCCAUGCCCGGAUUACGCCAAACAGUAUUAAGCGCCUGACGGCUACGGCUCGGGCGCAAAGAGGACGGCCGGGUGAGACGCGGCGGAGAAAAUAGCAGCGCGGUCGUGUCACCUCGAUUUUUCGCUGCGCCGCCGCGAUCGACAAGCUCGGCGACUUAUUGCGGCGUGUUACCAUCUAGCUCUCGUGCGAGAAAAAUGUUCAGUCGCGAUGCGCCGCGACAGCCUGAGAAACGUUCCCGGUUUCUCGUAGGCCAGUGCCAACCGAUUUUUCCAUCCCACGACAUCCAUUUUUCUCACCCUGCGUUUCUUCGUGAUCGUCGAAUCAAUGUUACGCGUUUGGAACAUCGUUUUUUUCCCCGUAUUUUUUCUUACUCGUAUAGACCCGUAGCGCUGUUCCAUUCAACGGCCCGAAUGUGUCGUGUAUGUACAAAUGAGGAGAAAAAAAGGAAGCCGCGCUUUCGACGAGCGCGCGCGAAAAAUCGAGCUUGCACAAUCGGAGAACAUCGGAGAACAGUAUUUUCAGCGGCCUAGCAGAGUCGCGGCUCGCCCAACUCGACCGCCGUGCCGUGCCAUGUACAUACACUCCUUUUCUCUCUCUCUAUCUCUCUCUCUUUUCCCCCUCCUUUAAAUCGCACCCUAUCCGUACCAUAUUGUAAAUGAAUAAAUGAUACACGAUGGAAAGCCGCACGGCACGGGGUCCGGUCGUUACCGGCGCCACGAGUAUAUUUUUGUAAUUUUGUAUUUUGCAUUGUGCGCCUUUCUCCCACGUCCCGGCGUCUCACUCGGCCAAUUACCAGAGAGAAUCGAUCUCGUUUGUCGAUACCCACCAUUCAAACCCUUCGGACACAUUUGCGAUGGAGGGUAACGUGAGAUCCAUCGGCGCACGUUCCGUUUAACACUGUGGGAAAGUGCUGCGCGCAUCCGACAGUUAACGAAGCGAAUGUACGUACGUCAUACCAGGCAUCGGGGAUAAUUUAUUGAUUGUCGCCAAGCGUAUUCCCGAAUUGCGAUUGCGAAACCCCGUCUCACCUAUAUGCGUCCCGCGCCGUGGAUGUUCGACGCCGAUCGAUCGAUCACGGAAACCGGGUAACACCUAUCUCUCGUCUAUUUCGAAUGCGAUCGACCGCACGUAUCUUCUGUACGAAGCCUGCUCUCGCUCUCGUAACAAGGAACUUAUUAAUUCUUGACAACGAGCUUUUUUUUUAUUCGAGGAUAACCGAGAUUCUCAAAUAAAAACCCUUUAAAUGUCAACGAAGCAAUCGAACGUUCAAAUCCACGAUUCUUUUUUUACUUUUAUACGUAAUGUAAAAACGCAUGUGGAUAUAUUUUAAAUCGUUCUCGAUUUAUUCGAGAUAUUCCAAUUUUCGUUUGUCGAAGAUUUUUGGUCUGCUAUAAUUACGUUUUCCAAGAUACGUAAUUCACCGUUUAUUGUCGGAGCAAAAAGGGCAGCAUUGCCCUGGACUGAAAUACGUUAUCGGGGGCGAAAUUAAAAACGCGAUUUUACAGCGAACGAAAAAAACCGACGUCAUUAAACACUUUCAGGAUAUCGCGAUGUUGCAUCGCGAAUUCUCAGCGCUCAAUUAUCUAUCCAACUGCCAACUAUAACGCAAUGUCGUUUGCGUGAUAUUUCAAAUAUCGUGCACGCACACUCCUCGCUUCCAAUGCUCCCUUCGAUUUGUACGUGCUCGCGAAGUGUAACGGUAAUUUACAUUAAAAUGGGGUAAUUUACGACUGGCACAAGCAAGCUCAUUUAGACCGGCUCCCAUUUGUACGCGCCACACACAGAGCUUGACUCGGUCAAAAUUUUUGUCGAAAUUAAUAGUGGUGGCGUCAUUUCAGUAAUUUUAAUAUAUUCGCAUAUCUCGCGCAUUUCAUUAACAUCGUUUAUAUAAUUUUAAUACCAUUGGUCACUAAAAUUAUUAAAUGUUUUUAAUCAGAUGCAAUUCAGAUUAGCUGUUAUGAUUUCAAUGAAACUGUUGAUUAAAUUUGAUAAAAUAUUGAACACAAUAUUUUGAACAUAAUUUUAAAAUCAAUACCAGUUUUUUUUUCACUUUCGAUUUCUUACGUACAAACGUUUGCUUGUACAUACACGAAACGAUAAACGUGAACAUAUUAAAUUUACGAUAUGACGCUUCACUCUCUGCCAAUGAGCGGUCAAUCGAAGGUACCGUCCAAUAGAUCAGUCCAACUUACAAUCUUCCGAGCAAUUAUUUGUGGAUCUAAUUAGAACACUUUUUAUACGACGCGUGCGUUUUGUAGAGUAUAGUUCGGUGAAAUCGUUCAUACAGACCUAAUGCGUAUCAAAUACUUAGCAUUUUGCACUUAUUGCAACAUUCCGUGGGGGAUAAUUUUGUGCUCUACAAUUGCGACAUAUGAGAUGUUUACACAUAUUCCAGCAAGCUGUGCACAUUGCAGUUCUGUUUCCUCAAAUCUCAAGUAAGGUUUAAACAAGACAUUUACAGAAAAGACAUGAAUUCUUUAGAUUAUAUGCGUCUUUAAAUUAUAUGCAUUCCUGACACAAGUACGUAGAAAUAUUCUGAGCAGAUUUUCCGCUUGCGAAUUCCUUCUAUAUAUUGGAUUUUUAUAACACGCACACAUACACAAAUUUAUAUUAUUAUUUUUUUAUAGUGUGCAAAAAUAUUCGGUAAAUGACUUAAUUAUUCGUCUCUCAAGACUGACAACCUUAGAAUUAGGGUAACGUCUUCUGAUUUUACGUACUUUAUGGACGCAGUCUUCUCGUUGCUGCUCGAUAGAAGAGAAAUUGAAUUUGUUAUGCGAAAUGACGCGCAACGCCAUCGUGAAUUUUGCCUAAGUUAACUUUGAUACGAAAUACGCUAUGGAAAACUGUUCCUUUUCUAAGAAAUAAUUCGUUAAUCCAUAUAUAUUUGUACAGUGAAACUUACGUGUGAAACGUAAAUAAUUAUCAUUGACAUCGAUUGAAGCCAAUCGAACUAGAUUCGUUUGCUCCCAUUAUUACUUGUUACAGAACGAUCGUUGUUUAGUUGAUAAGUUCUUCGCCUAGCGCAUAAAUAACUGUUAAAACUGCCUAAUUGCCGUGUCGAAUGGCGCUAAAUCUCGAUGAAGAAAGAAUGUGACGUGUACAAGUAAAAUAAGAGCAUACAAAGCUGUUGCACGAAAAUGCGAAUACGUUGCUUAUAUGGAUAAUAAUUCUGUUGAACUCUAUAAUGUCGCCUAAGGACCGCAUCUGGCUAACUCGUGCGCAACGAGCAUUUCUCUACUGCAUCAUCAUGAAUCGCGAAUCAAAAGGGGAAAUAAUAUUUUAUUGACGCAAUUUCGUAUCCCGGACGAGAGUACUUGCGAGAUUGUGGGAGUUAAGAGAAGUAAGAGGAUCGAAAAAUGUUUUUAUCCAGAUAUGUAAGUCGGAAUGAUAAUGUGAAUGUAAAUGAUUUAUAUCUGCGUGUCGUAUGUUGUAGAUAAUAAUCUUAAUCCGAAAUGUAAUAUCCGCGUUUUAUGCCAGAUUCCAUUAUGCGUUAGAAGUAUCGACGAUCGAGGGAAAAAUUUCAUCAUUGUUAACGGAAUAUUUUUACCGUUAUUCCUAUUCCUACUAAUGUAUUCUUACCUAUUUGUACUAUUAUUUUUACUAUUGAUUUUACUAUUCC